AUGGCGUCCCGACCUGCUACCGACGCAACCCUCCCGCCGAAAGGGACUCUACGGCGAGAAAAGAAGGACGAAUCAUUUUUCGAAAAAUUAGGAACCCUUGGGAGGAAAAAGAAGACGCAGCAGCUCGAACAAGAAGCUGAAAAUGAAGCUAUUGAAGUUGAAAUCGAAGGAGCCGAAGCGAUCGACUCGGCAGUGAUUCCAGUUUCGGCCACUCUACAAAACAUUUUGCUCGAAGAAGGUGAAGAGAAGAGAUUGCUGACAGCAGAGUCGCGUGACGAUCCACAUGUGCGGGAAAUAAUACAGCUUUUAAUUCAUUGGCUGAACGAUGAAUUAGCAGCGCAGCGAAUUGUUGUCAAACACAUUCAGGAGGAUUUGUAUGAUGGUCAAAUUAUACAAAAGCUCAUCGAAAAACUGGCGAAUAUUAAGGUAACAAGUCAUCCCUUCCUCAUACUGAAAUCGGUAGUGUCGCAGCCAACUUUUAACAAAGCGGGCAUGCAAAUUUCAGUUCUGCAUCCCUUUUGCUUACCUAGGUUUUUUAGAAUGAUCAAAUUUGUAUUUUCCUAUGGUGGCAUCUCUUUUACGACAUUCUUUAACGGGCUGCAUUAA